UCUUAAAUGGUUUGUUAAUUAAAGCGCCGAUCUGCUGCGGGCGUCUACACACUGUUAUCGGAAAUAUCAGCAAAGCCAGCUGGCGUGUUUGCAAGUUAUGAAGGUUUGCAGUGCGAGCUAGCGGCGGCCACAAAAAAUUGCACGGGAAAAAGACGGCUUCCGACGGCGAGUGCGAUAGACCUGUAGUGUGGGGUGCGUCAGAAGGCUGAUUGUGCGUUGUUGGAGUGAUUAAAUCGAUAGUUGCAGUUGUUAUCAGUGGUGUUGGCAGCAUGCGUUGCCGUAAUGUGUUCGAGUUUGUCGCUCGCUAAAUGUUUCCCUGGGUAGAAUAAGCAUUUAUCAAUUGCAAAACAUAUUUUUAAUACGCUAAAGUUGCUCUCGGAGCACCAAGCAGAGUUAUUGAUUUCCGAAAGCUAGUUCGAAACAAUUGAUGCAUCGGUCGCUACGUGGCGCUAGUGUGCGGCCGUGUCUGUCUACACCUCGGGCGCCAGGCAUAUUUUUCUGCAGCAACCUUGGCUGACGUUCGAGGAACGGAGACCCGUGAUUGGCCAACACGAACCGGGCGAUUUGACAUUGUGAUUUCCCCGCGGUCUAUUGGCCAGAGGUCAUCGAAACGGGUUUACCGAUUCGAGUUCCGGUAAUUUCGACCUCACCGGAUACCGGGUUUUGCCCGGAAAGGUCAAUGAAGCGGUAAUGGGCCAAACGUCAAACGCGGAUCCCGCCAGUCGGACGAGCAACCGUGUUGAAAUGACGCGAGCUUGCGUUCGGCUAAAAAUGGGCAGUGGGUUCGCGAGAGAAAAUGGCGUCUGCCAACUUUUUGGAAGAAGCUCUUAAAUCGGACGUCGACGAAUCGGCGGUGAAUGCGAUAGUGGGAACGUUGGAAAACCAGUUGGACGUGAAUACGAACCAGGUGCAACAAGUAGGCGGUGCAGUGAAAACGGGUGCGUUCGUGAAUAGUGUGAAAAAUCAAUCUAGUGCAAUCUCCGAGCCAUCAUCGGCAGCAGCACCAGCAACAGCAGUAGCGACAGCAGUUGUGUCAAAUGGGGGUGCAACGAGUAGCAGCAGCAGUAGUAGCGCUUCAUCGGGCCAGAAACACGGCGCUGGUGGCCUCGUCACGAACGGCGAAAUAGUGUCCAACAUAGUGAACCUCGUUAGCAGCAACAACGGUGCUAGUGUGAUUAAUAACAAUACCAUCACGACCAACAACAACAACCUUGCAAAGACGUUCCUAGUGAGCGCGAGUGUGGCAGGCAGUACUACGACGACCGUGGGGGGUAACAAGGCGACCGCUGGUGGUGGCGGGAACGUAACCGUUACGUUAUCAUCGGCUGGUGGCGGCGGUCAGCAGCAGCAGCGCAAUCCGGUUCCGUCGGUGGUAACAUCCGGUGGCGGUACGACCGGUGGUGGUGGAGGAGGCAUCAACAUAAUCAGCCAGCAGAUCGUGGUGCCUGCCGGAGGGGGCAGCCACCACCAGCCACCGCCACUGUUCAACGUGACCACCAACCACGGCCACCAGCCGCAAAGCAACCAGGGCACAGCAGCGGGCGGACACGGCAAUAGCAUCAUCAUCGGCAGUAGCAACAACCACAUCCUAACGUCAUCGAAUAUGCCAAAGAAUGAACCAGUGAAGUUGGUCUAUCCUGCAGCCGGUGGCGUCCCGCAGACGGCGGUACUCAAUAUGAACAACAACCGCGUCACGCUGACUUCGUCCACGUUGCCGAACGGGACGCUUUCGUCCGGUCAGCAACCGCAGCUGAUCCAGACGUCGAACAUCGUCACCGGGGGCGGCGUGAAGGCCACGAUCCAGCAACAACAGCAGCAGCAAGUGGCCGGUGCGUCGCAGCCCGGUGGUGGCGGUCUGCCAACGCCAACGUUAAUUAUCAAGAACCAGCAGACGGGCGCAGUCAUGAACACCGGUGCACCUGGCAUCGUCACGGUUUCGAAGCCGAUGAACAAUCAGGCAACACCAAACAUAGUCGGUUUACCUGGUGUGCAAAUUGUAAAUGUUAGACCUGGCGCACAACCCACACAAGCACAGCAAAAAACUGUUGCCGCUGUUUCACCUAGAGUUGUUAUUGGUAGCCAGCCAAUAGUUAGUACUAGACCACCAAACGCAAGCGCUAUCACUUUAAGUGCCCUUCAAGGACAGCAAGGUUCGACGCUGCUGCUGAAGAAUGAGCAGGGCCAUUUCCAGCUGCUCCGGAUCGGACCGGCCCCGACCGGUGCCCAAAUUACGCCCGCCAAUCUGACGGGAUCUUCCGCGAACCAAACGAUACGAUUGCAAACUGUACCAGCUACCCAUUCAUCCGGUUCCGGAGCCAUCAUAGUGAGCUCACAGUCCAUUACGACCGCCCCGACGAGCUACAUUUCAACGCAACCCACGCCAGUCGCCUCGGUGGCCCCAGUGCCGGCAUUGGCAGCUCAGCAAAAUAUCACGAUAUCGCACUCCCCGGCGCAAGCGGGCGCCCAACCCACGGUGCUGGCCACCCAGCAAUCAUUGCACCAGCAGCAGCAGCAACAAACGACCGUUGUCGCCUCAUCUCACUCCGUGGCAAACCAACAGCAGCAGCAACAACAACAGCAGCAGCAGCAGCAGCAAACGGUCGUUGUUACAACGACUGGCGGUGGUGGAGCCCCUGGCCAACAGCAGCAACAGCGAAACUCCUUAGAUAAUACCAAAGAAAAGUGCAGCAAAUUUCUCACCAAUCUGAUCGAGCUGUCCAAACGGGAACCGGCCAAAGUGGAGCAGAAUGUGCGAACACUUAUUCAGGAGCUGGUGGACGCGAAUGUCGAUCCGGCCGAGUUUUGCGAACGGUUAGAGCGUCUGCUCAACGCUAGUCCACAGCCGUGCUUAAUUGGGUUUCUAAAGAAAAGCCUUCCCCUGCUGCGGCAAUCGCUAGUAACUAAAGAGAUAACGAUCGAGGGCAUCAAUCCGCCUUCGGCUGCUGUUGCCUUCGCUGGUACCGCCUUAACCCAAAUUCCUGCCCAAAUUCGCCCGAUCGGACAGACGACGAUCGUGUCACAAAACAGUAUGGUCGGUCAGACGCAAAUACGUAUGCUUACCUCUCAGGCCGGCGGGCUGACGACGAUGCCACGGAUCGGGCAGACCACGAUCCGGCCGGCGGCCCCCGUCCGAAUACAGCAGCAGCAACAGCAGCAGGUGGUCCAGGGCGCCACGCCAACGACCGUCGUAGGACCUCGAACGAUCACUGCCCAGCAGAUUCGACCAAACUCUACCACGAUCGGUCACACGACGAUCGUGCAGACAUCGGGCGGCCAACAGCUGUCGCAAAACAUCUCAACGACACCUCCUGCAUUGCUACCGAUCCGAGCACCCUCCGGCACCUCGAUAACGCGCACGAGCGCGACGUUACAGAUACGCACCGCGGCUCCCGUGUCGCGCACGGUCACCUCCGUCGUCGGCGGCACGACGGUGACAGCGGGCGGGCUCAGCAAACAGAUCCUCCAGACGCAAGUCAAUCAGAUACGCGCCCAAACGCCGGUGGCCUCGGUGGCGGCAGCCGCUGCGGCGGCCGCUGCCGCGGCAUCCGGUUCGUCCGCGACCCAGGUUAAGCAAGUGACGGCAAUUACCGGUGGCGGGAACGUGGUGGUCAGUUUGAACCAGGUUCCAGGUCCGCCUCCCAUGCAGCCUGUCUCGGCGAACAGUGUCGGCGGGACGACGGUAGUGUCGGUGGGUGGUUCGUCUGCCGGCACGAUACCGCCCAUGCCUGCCCUCGCGCUAUCCUCUUCUGCGGUAAGCGCGGCGGCGGGUCUUAGCACGACGCACGUCGUGGGCUCUUCCUCCUCUUCCUCGGCCUCGGCGGCGCCAACGGCCACGGUCGUUGUUAGUUCUUCAUCCUCCACAGCAGCGUCAGCUAGUGGGACGGUGGUGGUUGCCAGUGCGUCCGCACCCUCGGCGGCCACUGUCAGUGCCACCAGCAAUAGCGGCAGUACUAGCACCUCUGCACUUCCACCACCACCAUCAACACCGGCACCGGCACCCCAGGCGCCGAGCGUAACGACUAAUAAAAGUGUGUCCGCUAAAUCGCAGAAUCAAUCGGGGGCGUCGAAGAAGAAGACGGGUGCGUCCGCGGCCGCCGGCAGCGCUGACCCGGACGCGGCCAGCAAGCGGGCCGGGGCAUCAGCGCAAUCGCAGUUCUACCACCACCAUGCGUCCAUGUACGGCGACGACGACAUCAACGAUGUGGCCGCGAUGGGCGGCGUCAACCUGGCGGAGGAAACCCAACGCAUCCUCGGCUCGACCGAGUUCGUAGGGACGCAGAUUCGGUCGUGCAAGGACGAGGUGUUUCUACAUCUGCCCGCACUGCAGUCCCGGAUCCGCAGCAUCAUCGCCCGUCACGGUCUGGAGGAACCGAGCAACGAGGUGGCGGUGUUGAUCUCGCACGCCUGCCAGGAGCGACUGAAAAACGUGGUCGAAAAGCUAGCAAUUAUUGCGGAGCAUCGGAUAGAUAUUAUCAAGGUUGACCCACGGUACGAGGUCACGAAAGAUGUACGAGGGCAGAUAAAGUUUCUCGAAGAGCUGGACAAAGCCGAACAAAAACGUCAUGAGGAGCAGGAGCGUGAAAUGUUGAUGCGAGCCGCCAAAUCCCGAUCGAAAACGGAAGACCCGGAGCAGGCUAAACUGAAGGCAAAGGCAAAGGAAAUGCAACGGGCGGAAAUGGAGGAAUUGAGGCAGCGGGACGCCAAUCUGACGGCGUUACAAGCAAUUGGUCCGAGAAAGAAGCCGAAGUUGGAGGAAGGAACAUCCGCAUCGGCAACGCCCGGUGGGUCCGGAACAGGAACAUUAAGUGGGAAGGCUCCGACGCCGUUACGGCCGCGCAUCAAGCGCGUCAAUCUUCGUGAUAUGCUAUUCUACAUGGAACAAGAGCGGGAAACCUGCAGGAGUCAGAUGCUCUACAAAGCCUACCUCAAGUGAUCGAUCGUGGUGCUGGUGGUGGUUUUUCAUAAGAUCAUCCUGAUGGCUUCGAGCCUACAGAAGAGUACACUCGCGCUACGUGUACUCGGUACGCAUAUGUUGAUAAACCGAAAAACUACCCAAGUAUUUCCAUGACGUACGAGCCCGAACCAUCAUCGUUGUCGUUAGUGAAAAGGGAAGCGUGUGAUCCUCGAGCCAGCAAUCCGGUUCGGUUUUCAUGCUAUGCGACGCUUUGGACGCCAUUACUGACGAUAAAUUGUCAAACUUAUCGAUAAACUGAACAUAAAAACGAAUGUGUAAAUUGAAUCUAAUAUAAGCUACAUUUUCACUCGAACCACAACAACCACGCCCGGAAAGAGUUGCCUAACAUACUACAACGUUAGAUUUCCACUUGAAAGCUCUCAUGUAGAGUUUACGAAGCAAACACGGCAGUCGGUAACAUAACGAGGAACAAGGAUGUGAACUGAUUUUCUAUGUUUUAAACAAUAGAUUCCUAAACAUCCCGCGCUCACCAAUGCACUCAAACGGAAGGCUGAUGGUUGCUGCUAGGGAAAUAGAACGAAAUCAUCAAAAGCGGCGAAAUUAAUCCUCACGGAAAUGCAAACAAAAUACUAAAUCCGAUUGAUGCAACCCGGCAAAUUCGAUCGAUGCGAAUCAAAUGAAGUGUAAUGCAGUCUAAUGCUGCCAACGGACCUGGCUGAGGAUCUGAUCGUUACAUCGAAUGAUGGUUACGGAUGAAGGCGCAAUCUGUAAAAUAGAUAUGCGUGUGUAUGUGAAUGUCUAUGUGAAUGUGUAUGCGUGCGUAUGUGUGACUGAGCAAGAGCUUGUGAUAAGCGAGAAGAUGAGAGAGUGGAGAAUGUUCGAAAGACAAGGGAAAAUAGAUGAAAUUAAGGACGGAAUGAUCGUACUCGUAUAUUUGUUCGGAUGUGUACUUGCAAGUGUGUAAAUACAAUUGGAUGUUUUUUCUUUUUUUUCUGGCACUACCGGUAAUAGGGAAGAGAAUAUGAAGUAGUACAACAAUAUGUAUCUUUUGUUCUACUCCUCCUUUAGUUCAAUGUUAGAUGUUAAUUUUCCGGCUUUUGGUAUAGGUUCAUAGAUUUCGUUACACUUGCUACUUCCCAUGCUCAAAAGGCAAUUUAUAAUUGAUAUACACUUUAAUUCAUCCCCGUACAACCAAGAAGGGUUCGUUCAGCGCGUAAUGGGCAACCAUAGUUUAUGCAAACGGAAAGGGGUUAGGCUGGGAUUGUAAAUCCUCCCCGCCCCUCCCGAUCAUUUAACUCAUUUGAUUCCGCACAUUUGAAACAUCUCACAUGGUCAUCUUCUCUUUCGCUAAAUUUAUCAACAACUAAAAAUGAGCUGGAAAUAGCACAAGACUGGCGGACGUGUGGCGCGUAACGUAAAGCAGAAUAAGCUAUAAAACGCGACACAGAAAAAAUCAAGCAAAUAAAUAUGAUAACAGACGCAGCAACCUAACGACCGAGGUGUGCCCCAUAUAAACGGAUGUAUAGAGUUAGAUAUGUUGGAAAUAAUAAUAUAGUAAGAGAAAAGUUUAGUAAUAGACGAGUAACAGAUCGGUUUUAUUAAGUGAGGCAGAGCAACAGCUCACCGUGUACUGGUGGACUAGAGGCCGAAGUUCAAACAGAGCCCCAUCGUGACUCAAGUGUGGCUCUUUUGGUUUUACUUCUCUUCUUUACCUGGCAACAUGCAAACGGCCAACCCCCUAUUGAAGAGUUUUUAGAUGACAGCAACUUUCACCUAGCCAUAAUUGUCAACAGUUCAUUUUAGUUAUGUGACGCCGAAGAAAGCAUGGUUAAACCCAAUUAAAAACGGUUCUCAGCGCAACGUUAAAAUACUUACCUAGACUGAAACAAAUUUUUGUCGCUAAUUCUAUUAAUUCUUUUUAUACUUAUCUAACCUUGAUCGGGAAAUAGUAUGAGAACACUUCCUAACCACCAACGCAAAGAAAAAAAAAAUAGGUAUAUUUUAACGGCAUAAUCUUGGACGUUCAUUAUGAUUUAAUGUAUGUUUUUUCGGUUUUAUUUUUGAUUAUACUGUAGUGUUUUUUUAGCUGAAUUGAAAUGAAGUGAACAUGUAAUUUUAUAAUUUAGCUAGCUUACAAUCAACAUUAACAUACAUACUCCUCAACAAAUUAGCUUUUUGCGUCCCGUUCAUAUGAACAUUUUUUCUGGUGAAAUCAAUAUGAUUAUGAUUAUCGUUAGUUGAAAAUUUUGUUGUCGCCUAAAAGCACUUCAAUACCUGGCAAUUAUUUUUAUUUGAUCAUUAAGUGCUUCAGAUUACUCGUACGACCCCAAUAAGACGAACCCCUAGAAAAUCCCUGUUGUGCAUAAACACGUUGUUUGUAUAGAUUUAUUAUUUAUGUUACAAUCAUCGCUUGUUCGAUUAAAUUUAAUUUAAUUUCGCUAAUAAAGUGAACGAGCUAAUGGUGAUUUGUAUUAGAAAAACACAAAAUCUAAAGGCGAAACAUGAAAAAUACAUUCUUUGGUGAUCAGUAGCGAUGGGUGGUCCAGCGGAUUGUAAGUGCAAGAAAGGGAUUAACUAGAUCAAGCAUAGCAUAUCUUCUGCAUACGUAGUGCGAACCAUUGAACAUUGUUUUUCAACGACUAUAGGAUAGUAUAGGAUGUUUAUUUUGUUUUUUUUUAGUUAUUAAAAUUGA